AUGAAAGUGCUCAUCGUGGGCAACGCUCGCUGUGGCAAGACCAGCACCAUCCGCAGAUUCACGCAGGACGAGUUCAACGAGGAGUACGUGAGCACCAUUGGGGCGGACUUUGUGGAGAAGAUUAUCGAGUAUGAUGAGCACUUGACCAUCAGCUUGCAGCUGUGGGAUAUCGCGGGCCAAGACCGGUUUGCCAAGUUCACGCGCGGCUACUUCCGCGAGGCGAAGGGCGCUGUGAUCGUGUGCGAUAUCACGCGCGCCAAUACAAUUGACGCGGUUGUGAACUGGAAGAACGAGAUCGACACGUGCUGCAAAGACCUGAACGAAGGGGCGGAGAUCCCCGUGGUGAUGGUCGCGAACAAGAGCGACCUGCUGAUGGACCCCAUGGGCGCGCUGGAUCUGGGUGUCAACAUGCAGAAGUGCGUGGACAAGAACAAGAUCGUUGAGUGGUUCCGCGCAUCGGCCAAGAGCGGCGAGCACAUUGGCGACGCGUUUCAGUGUCUAAUUGACCGCAUGGUGGUGGACCUCAGAGCUGAGAAGGAGGUGGAGAAGGAGAAGCAGCAAGCGGGUGACGACAAAAAAGAGGAGGAAGAGCCUGCACCACCGGAGAUUAUCCGACUUUCCCAGACGCCACCUCCGAAGUACAGAGCUGUCAAGCAACAAGGCUUCGCCUGUGAUUGCAAUUAG